CUAAAGUUACCCCUGAAAUCGCUGUGACGUCGGACAAAGCUUCCCCAGGUUCCGUACCCAAACGCUAGCCCACCUAAAAAUAAUCACAGCCUCGUCCCUCAACCUCGCAACAUAACCACCAACGAUGGCGGCCGCGAUACCAUACACGUACAUUCAAUGCCCCUGUACGAGAGACACGCAUCAUGAUGGCGAUAGGGAAGAUCGCCAGGACGAUGAGGACUUUGUCGAUUCCUCUGAGGAGAGGGCAGAGGAAGACGACGACUUCGACCCGCACAAUCCACGCGCCAACUACAGCUUAUACCCCAUCGAUCACCUGCUUUACUGCGAGAUUUGCGCGCAGAUUCGAUGCCAAAGAUGUCUAGUUGACGAGAUAGUGACGUGGUUCUGUCCGAACUGCUUGUUUGAGGUGCCCAGCAGUACUGUGAAGAGCGAGGGCAAUAGAUGCACACGAUCCUGCUUCCAAUGUCCAAUCUGCAUCGCGCCCCUAUCUCUAACCGGCCAAGCGGCCUCCAACACCCUCCUCGGCGGCGCCGACUCCUCACAUUGGGUCCUCUCCUGCGCCUCCUGCUCCUGGUCCUCAUCCGAAAUCGGCAUCCAAUUCGACCGACCCAACGGCAUCUACAGCCAACUCUCCCGCAUCCGCAACGGCGGCCAAGUCAUCACGCCCCCCAAAGAACGCGCCCUCGGGAAAGACGCCACCGAUCGCCGCCCGGGAGAGCGGCGCUCCACACUCUCCAAAGUCGCCGAACACGACACUCCCGAAUCCGAGGUCGAUGAGGAGGAAGACACAGAUCCCACACCCGAAGCCCGCUUCGCCAACCUCCGCGCCUUUUACCAGAACCAAAUGUCGUCUCAUGGCUCCGCGGAGCGCUCUGCAUUCACAAACGACUACAGCUACGCGUCCCCCAACGCGCUCUCCCGAAUCAUGAACCUCUACACCUCCUACUCCUCUCCCACGCCACAAAAACGCAUGACCCAGAUCCGCGAAGCCCUGAACACCUCAGAGGGCCUGCAUCCCAUCCCCGACCCUGCCUCCGAAGCCGCCACCAUCCUCAAACUCCGCAAAGAAGGCUGGGCAGGUACACCCUCCACCGAGCAGCGCGCCGCACAGCCUUUUCCAACAUGCGACAUCCACUCUACCUCUGAACUCCGCCCCUCGCCCUACCUCCUCCGCACGAAACGCACAAAGCGGUGUCGCACGUGUAAACACAUCGUCGUGCGCCCCGAAGCUAAAGUGCAGACCUCGCGCUUUAGGAUGAAGAUGCUGGCUGCAUCUUACAUUCCUACCUUUUCCAUCAGGCCUCUUCCUACCCCCUCCGCACCCGCUGCUGUGGCAGGCGCGACGCAACUUUUGCAGCCGGGGACGACGCACCAGUUUGUGUUGACGGUGCGGAAUCCCCUGUACGAGCGCGUGCGCGUCACUCUCGCUGCGGCGGCUAAGACGCCGGGGCGUGUGGCGCAUGGGGUUACGCUUCUGUGUCCGCAGUUUGAGGUCGGAGCGAGUAGGGAGGCAUACGCGGAUAUGUUAGACGAAGCACUCGGUGGGGGUGAGGCGAAAGCGGGAACUGGAGAAGGAGAGGCGGGGAAGGUGUAUGAGCGGGCUCGGAACGCGGUGGGUGUUGUUGUUGAGGUUGUGCCGGGGGUUGAGGAGGGGUUUCGGGACGCGAGGAGUGAGGUUGGGGACGAUGAAGAGGAGGAGGAGGAGGCGCUGGAGAUUCCAGUUAGGGUUAGGGUGGAGUGGGAGGCGGAGGGAGGGGAGGAGAAGGAUGGAGGGGAGGGGGCGAAGGUGAAGAGGGAGUUGGGGUUUUGGGUUGUGCUUGGGGUGGGAAAGGUGAGGAGGGAGUAG